CGCGCUGCCGUUGCCGCUGCCGCCGUCCUCGCUCCUCCGCAAGAAAAAGGUCAAAGCACCGUCAACCAGCCUUCUUGACCUCUUGGUCCGCGCCCGCUGCGCUACUUCUGCUUCUCAGGUGGCUCUGAAUCGCCCGGGCAUCAUCGCUGCCUUCCAACGACGCCAGGCGGUGCUCCCUCAUUUCUCAUCCCUCAUCCCGGCCGUUGUUGUCGCAAUCCGAGGGUCGGGUAUUGGCACUUCAGCCCACCAUCAGCCCCUCCACCACAUCCGAGCCGCCCAAGCGGUCUCUUCCCGCUCCUUCUCGAUCGCACAACAACCACAGCCGCCAACAUGAUGUCCAAUACGCGCGACGCCAAUGGGCGGUCGCUUUCGGCAAAGGAUCGUGAGCUUCCCAAGCAGGAUGAUCUCGUCGAGUACAACUUUGCCGUCGCGGGCCAUGCUGGAACCAUGUGCGACGCCGACGGUGAACUGUUUAUCAAACCAUGCACCAAGGCCGAGGUCGACUUCUACGAGGUGGCGCAUGCGAAACAUCCAGACUUUGCCGAGAUUAUGCCCCUCUAUAUCGGCACCCUGAUCCUCAACGAGAACACGAGCGAAGCGCAUAUUCACGCACAGAUCCCCGAACUGGUCGAGCAUGCCGACAUACCACAGGCGAUCAAGCACGAGAUACAAUCGCAUCUGCACCUCGACAACCGGGCAGCUUACUAUCCGCCUCCCACAGAUCUCCCGGCGCAAACAGCGCCGAAGGCGGAGGACGCGCCCAAGACUGCGCCAGAGGACAAUGAGGAAUGGAAACCCAAGGAGGGAAAGACGCGGAAGAUCGACACGGAUCGCGCGGUUGUGCUUGAGAAUGCAUCAUUCGGCUACAAACAUCCCAAUAUCAUGGACGCCAAGCUAGGCCUGCGCCUGUGGGCUGACGAUGCCCCCCAGGCGAAAAAGGACAGAUUCGACAAGAUCGCGCAGGAGACUACACACAAACACCAUGGUUUCCGCGUUGCCGGCAUGCGGACGUGGAAGGGCUCAUCUGACCCGAAGGAGCUGGAUCGCGCAGACUAUCGCAUCUACGACAAGGACUGGGGCCGGCUUGAUGUCAACGACGACAACAUUCAUGAAAAGAUUGGGUCCUUCAUCUUCAACAAGGACGCUGGCAUCGACGAGGACCUCGGAAAGACUGUUGCCGGUCUCUUUGCUGAAGACCUGCGGCGCAUCCAGGAGGUUCUCGAGCGUGAAGAGUCGCGCAUGUACUCUGCCAGCCUAUUGUUUGUCUUCGAAGGUGAUGGCCAGGCCCUGCGCGAAGCAAUUGCCGAGGCAAAGGCUGGGACCGUGGCGGAAAGGAGAUCCGAACGGGCCGCGUGCUCCAAUAUUAGGAUCGACAGUGGCAUCAGCAUGGACAAAGACGAGACUGCCGCAGCAGACCAAGAUUACGAUGACGAUGACGAGGAUGAAGAUCUGAGCACAUUCCCCCGAAUCUACUCGGUUCGGCUUAUCGACUUUGCCCAUGCUCGGUUCAUUCCGGGCGAAGGCCCUGACGAGAAUGUGCUAUUCGGAGUAAGGGGUCUGAGGAAAAUCUUUGAGAAGCUGGCCGAAUGAACUGUCGGUCUGGUCAGAGACGGGUGAUUAGAGAGUCAUGAGGAGGAUAACGCAUGGCCAGAUAUCUGGCUUAUGCUUUCUGCAUCAGGAAUCACGGAUCUGCGGCAU